ACAGUCCGGGUUUGAACUGUUUAUGCCGACGCCAGUCUUAACGCUUUCACUUGGUGCGACUCUGCGCUCAGCCUCUCUCUGAACCUCUUGGAUCGAUGGCCGGGAGUCUGCAGCCUACACAUCUGCUCUACCGGACCUUCUCACAUGAUCUGCGUCUGUUUCCCGAACUGGACUAAAAAAAAAAAAAAUGAAGGCGUGUGCGAUUGUCCUGAUUCUGGCCGUGCACAUUCACGCCGACAGCGUAGAAGGACCCACAGCAGGCUGUACAUUUGAUGAGGACUCUGACCCCAGCUUGUGCGAGUUCAGUCAGGGAGAGGAGGAUGAUUUUGAUUGGCAGCUGUUCCGCACCCACACCUUUCCUCACGCUACCCCUGAUCUUCUGCUUGGCUCCUACAUGAUAGUAAACUCAUCCCAGCAUGCCGCGGGCCAGAGAGCUCAGCUGCUGCUGCAGACGCUCAGCGAGAAUGACACGCACUGUGUCCAGUUCAGCUAUUUCCUGUACAGCCGGGACGGACACAGCCCCGGGGCGCUGCGAGCAUACGUGCGGGUGAACGGAGGACCGCUGGGCAUGGCAGUGUGGAACGUCUCGGGCUCGCAGGGGCGCCAGUGGUAUCAGGUGGAGCUGGCAGUCAGCACCUUUUGGCCCAACGAGUAUCAGGUGUUGCUGGAGGCGACAGUAGACCGCUGGGGAUAUAUUGCCGUGGAUGACAUCUUGCUGCUGAACUAUCCCUGCUAUAAAGCCCCCCACUUCUCUCGCCUGGGGGAUGUGGAGGUCAACGCUGGACAGAAUGCUACCUUCCAAUGUGUAGCAGCUGGAAGAGCAUCAGAGGCAGAGAGGUUUUUACUGGAGCGGCACAAUGGCGAGGUGUCCUCAGGUGCCUCAGUCAAGCACCUGGGCCGCAAUCGUUUUUCAGUGUCCUUCCAGCUGGAGGACGUCCAGAGGCCUGAGCAAGACCUUUACCGCUGUGUUACCCAGUCGUCCAGAGGCUCUGGUGUUUCUAACUUUGCUGAACUCAUUGUUAAAGUGCCUCCCUCUCCCAUUGCUCCGCCCCAGCUGCUGAGAGCCGGUUCAACAUACUUGAUCAUCCAGCUCAACACCAACUCCAUCCUGGGUGAUGGGCCCAUCAUUCGCCGAGAGAUCGAGUACAGAGCAAGUCACGCACCUUGGUCUGAGAUCAAUGGCGUGAACAUGCUUACCUACAAGCUCUGGCACCUGGAUCCAGACACAGAGUACCACAUUAGUGUACUGCUCACCCGGCCUGGAGAAGGUGGCACUGGACCCCCUGGACCUCCUCUUAUCAGCAGAACUAAAUGUGCUGAACCUAUGCGAGCACUGCGUGACUUGAGAGCUUCAGAGAUUCAAGCUCGGCAGCUCACUCUGCAGUGGGAACCUCUGGCCUUUAACCUCACACGAUGCUACACCUAUUCUGUCUCGCUGUGCUACCGCUAUGCCAUAGCAGGUGGUACCGGUGGAGCUGGGCACAACACCACCAUUAGAGAGUGCCUAGCAGUGGAGCACAACACCUCACGCUUCACCCUCCGAGACCUGCCACCCUUCCACACCGUAAAUGUGCGCCUUGCCCUUGCCAACACUGAAGGCAAGAAGGAGGGGAAAGAGGUCAUGUUCCAGACAGAGGAAGACAUUCCUGGAGGAAUCGCUCCAGAGUCUCUAACCUUCACCCCGUUGGAUGACAUGGUCUUUCUAAAGUGGGAGGAACCAGUGGAGCCUAAUGGUAUCAUUACUCAGUAUGAGAUUAGCUACCAGAGCAUUGAAUCCUCUGACCCUGGCAUCAAUGUGCCAGGCCCACGGCGUACUGUGUCCAAGCUAAGGAAUGAAACAUACCACAUGUUCUCUAACCUACAUCCAGGCACCACUUACCUCAUCUCAGUACGGGCACGAACUGCCAAAGGUUUUGGUCAGACGGCUCUCACAGAGAUCACCACCAACAUCUCAGCACCCACCUUUGACUAUGGAGAUAUGCCAGGACCACUGAGUGAGACAGAGAACACUAUAACCGUGUUACUGCGUCCUGCCCAAGGCCGUGGUGCUCCAGUAAGUACAUAUCAGGUAGUUGUGGAGGAGGAGAGUGGGAGGAAGCUGAAGAGAGAGUUGGGGAUGCAGGAAUGUUUUCCCGUUCCCACCUCUCAUGGAGAGGCGCAGGCACGUGGCGCUCCACACUACUGCACGGCUGAACUGCCGCCAAGCAGCCUGGCUGAGACCACACCUUUUACUGUAGGGGACAACCACACCUACAAUGGCUACUGGAACAGCCCACUAGACCCCAGGAAAAACUACCUCAUCUACUUCCAGGCCAUGAGCAACUUCCGAGGGGAAACAAGGAUAAACUGCAUCCGAAUUGCCCGUAAAGCGGCCUGUAAGGACCUUCGGCGGCCUCUGGAGGUGACGCAGCACUCGGAGGAGAUGGGGCUGAUUCUCGGAGUCUGUGCAGGGGGGCUGGUGGUCCUUAUUCUGUUACUAGGAGCCAUCAUCAUAAUCAUUAAGAAAGGUAGGAAGCCAGUGAACAUGAAUAAGACUCCCAUUACGUACAGGCAGGAGAAGAGUCAUAUGAUGGGCUCAAUGGAGCGCAGCUUUGCAGACCAGAGCACCCUGCAGGAGGAUGAGAGAAUGGCUCUGUCCUUUAUGGAUGCGCACACCUGCAGUACCCGGAGUGAUCCACGCAGCUCCAUGAAUGAGUCCAGCAGCCUGCUUGGUGGAUCACCUCGGAGACAUUGCGGCAGUAAAGGUUCUCCAUACCACACGGGACAGCUUCACCCCGCUGUGCGUGUAGCUGACCUACUGCAACACAUCAACCAGAUGAAGACGGCAGAGGGCUACGGAUUUAAACAGGAGUACGAGAGCUUCUUUGAAGGAUGGGAUGUCACAAAGAAGAAGGAUAAAACGAAGGGGAGACACGAUACUAUAAUGGACUAUGAUCGUCACCGUGUGAAGCUGCACCCUCUCCUUGGGGAUCCAAAUUCUGACUACAUCAAUGCCAAUUAUGUUGAUGGCUACCAUCGAUCCAACCAUUUCAUCGCCACACAGGGGCCCAAGCAGGAGACAGUGUACGAUUUCUGGAGGAUGGUGUGGCAAGAGAACUGCUUCAGCAUCGUGAUGAUUACUAAGCUUGUGGAGGUGGGCAGGGUUAAGUGCUAUAAGUACUGGCCUGAUGACACAGAGAUGUAUGGAGACAUCAAGAUCAGCCUGCUGAAGACAGAAACUCUGGCUGAAUACGCAGUACGCACCUUCUCCUUAGAGAGGAGGGGUUACUCAGCCAAGCAUGAGGUGCAGCAGUUCCAUUUUAUGUCAUGGCCAGAGCAUGGAGUUCCAUACCAUGCCACUGGCCUGCUGGCGUUCAUCCGCCGGGUCAAAACCUCUACACCAGCUGAUGCUGGUCCUGUGGUGGUUCACUGCAGUAUGGGAGCUGGCAGGACAGGCUGCUACAUUGUGCUAGAUGUCAUGUUAGACAUGGCGGAAUGUGAGGGAGUGGUGGACAUCUACAACUGUGUAAAAACUCUAUGUUCCCGUCGCAUCAACAUGAUCCAGACAGAGGAACAGUACAUAUUCAUUCAUGAUGCCAUCCUUGAAGCAUGCCUGUGUGGAGAGACAGCUAUACCAGUAAAUGAGUUUGCGCUUACGUAUAAGGAAUUGCUAAGGGUGGACUCUCAGAGCAACUCUUCACAGCUCCGUGAAGAGUUCCAGACACUGAACUCCGUGACACCUCAUUUGGAUGUGGAAGAGUGCAGCAUUGCACUGUUACCACGGAACCGUGAGAAGAAUCGCAGCAUGGAUGUUUUGCCACCAGACCGUGCUCUGGCUUUCCUGGUUACCACAGAGGGCGAGAGUAACAACUACAUCAAUGCUGCUCUCACUGACAGCUUCCAUCGACCAGCAGCCUUCAUAGUGACACCUCAUCCUCUGCCUGGCACAACCACUGACUUCUGGAGGCUUGUGUUUGACUAUGGAUGCACUUCCAUUGUCAUGCUCAACCAGCUCAACCAGUCAAAUUCGGCUUGGCCUUGUGUGCAGUAUUGGCCUGAGCCUGGUCUACAGCAGUAUGGCCCCAUGCAGGUAGAAUUUCUCUCCAUGUCUGCUGAUGAAGAUAUCAUCACGCGUGUGUUCCGGGUAAAAAAUGUCUCACGGCUUCAAGAGGGUCAUCUGGUGGUGUGCCAGUUCCAGUUCUUGCGCUGGUCAGCGUAUCGUGAUGUUCCUGACUCCAAGAAGGCCUUCCUUAAUCUGCUGGCCCAUGUUCAAAAGUGGCAAAGAGAAUGUGGUGAUGGCCGCACUGUGGUCCACUGCCUUAACGGAGGUGGGCGUAGCGGCACGUUUUGUGCGUGUACUAUACUGAUGGAGAUGAUCCAGUAUCAGAACAUUGUGGAUGUCUUCUAUGCCGCUAAAACACUGCGAAACGCCAAGCCCAACAUGGUGGAGUCACUGGAGCAGUACCGCUUCUGUUAUGAUCUGGUGAUGGAAUAUUUGGAGUGCAUGGACCUCAGAUAGCAACAUAUCUCAACUGUCCUCUAAAUACAGAGGAGGACUGCUGGCAGAUUCACUUUCUCUGUUCUCACUAUCUCUGAGCUCUCUUUCCAUCUCUCCCUUUCCCUUUUGUCAACUCGCUCACAUCAAAACUCUUACCUGGGAGGGGAAGAGCAGAAAAUAAACAUGUGAGCAGAAGCUUUCGCCUUUUUGCCCAGAAUGUCUAGAUGUGUUGGACUAUCCAUGUCCUAGUUGUUUGUGGUUUAGUGUUGUUUUGUCAGCAUCUUUUCCCCUCCUCUUCUCCCCUGAGCUGUGAGAAAUCAACUCAAAAUAACUCAAAGCCAGCUCUGAUACCAAGUGCAAGCGUGUCUUGACUUCAUUUCCUGAGAGUGUGACCUGUGUUUUGUUCUGUAUUGUGCUGGGAAUGCUCAAAGACAGGAAGUGGCUCGAGCUGGAUGGACUGAGGAAAUGAAAGAGCUGUUGCUUGGAUAUGUUCUUCUUAUGUGCAGUACACUAGAGUCGGACAUCUAAGACUUGGUCUGUAAGAUCAAGAAGCCAAACACGUGCAAACACACACUCACAAACACACACACAAACACAUGCUCACAGCACACAGACCCUCUCUCUGUUACCUGAAAAUUGAAUCUGCAGCCAGCUCUUCAUUAAUUUAGUUGACAGACAUCCAUUUUAUAAUAAGGUGUCUGGACUACAAUAUACAAUCCUAGUAUUGUACCUGGUCGGACCAUCUACAAUUGGACCAAUAAGAUCGCACCGUAUUGGUCUACGAGUACACAGAGUCCGUUAUUUCCUACAACAGAAAAUUCAAUGCCACUGACUCAAAAGAAAGCUGUCAUGAAUUUGAUGGCUUUAAUAUCCUACACUGGCUCGAUUUUUCUUUUGUUUUUUUCACUUGUACAUAGAUUUUACAUCUGCAGAUGUUCUGUGUGAGGUCUAAGGAGCUAAUCCAGUUUAUGUGUGCAGAGGGAGUGUGUUAAUGGCCAGUGUCAUCAGACAAAAGGUGGUUUACAGGUUGACCCUGACAUUUGCGCUCCAGCAAUUGAACAAGAGAAGCACUAAUGGAGAUUCACAGUUGCAUUCAGAGUCUGCAACAACAUCAAAUCUAAACUGGAGACAAAUGGAUGGAAUGAUGGGAAGCCAAACAGUGUCGAAUCCUAAACAUUUACCUUCAUUCUGACUUGUACUUGUCAACUGGUUACCGUUUAGGAGUUUUUUGGACCUUUUGUUAAAUGUAGCUAUCUAAGUGUUUAAUUGAUGCAGCAUCCUGGACUUUAAUUUGCAGUUUUAGAAAUUGACCCACUUCACCCUGGUCACUGACAUCACCCUACAUCCAUAAACAUGUACAUGAAAUUCCUACAAUGACAAGUUACUUUUCUCAUCUAAUCAGUCAGAAUGCAAAUAUUCAUAUAGUAUUCAUUCAUUCAUUUUCUACCGCUUAUCCGAACUUCUCGGGUCACGGGGAGCCUGUGCCUAUCUCAGGCGUCAUCGGGCAUCAAGGCAGGAUACACCCUGGACGGAGUGCCAACCCAUCACAGGGCUAUUCAUAUAAUAUAAUUCAUAUAAUAUUUGUAAUAUGCAAUAUUUCCAAAUGAUUUUUUCCUAAAGUUUAAUGCAGUCAAUAAAAUAAAGGUAUGUUAUUUAUCCAUAUAUCGUUUAUUCAUAUAGUAAUGAUUGGAGAGAGCUUUACUUAUGUAAUCAUUAACCAAUCACUGUGCACAAGCAUUGCUUGUUUCAUUCUAGGAAUAGUACCACCAUGUUAAAGCCAAAUUAAUUAGACUCACGCUGGGUCAGUGUAUUUUAGGAAGGUCAGUUAAAAAAAAUAAAAACUCAUUUUUUGAGCAGGUACCAACUGCUAGACCAAGGACAAAAUAGUGAAACUGCUAUACCAUCCUGUACCAUCUUAGCUAGCUAAGUUAUUUCAGCUUCUUUAAUUGCUAAAUUAAUUUAGUUUACCAGUAAAUAUUUCUAAUUAUUGAGUAAUUUGCCUACAAGUACAAUGCAGCAAUAAUGCAUUGCUCAGUAUGUGGUGGCUCAACUGUUUCCUUCCUAACAGCACUUACCAGCUGGCAGAGUCUGUUUGACCAGCUUGAUUCUGUGUUUUGGUAACCGGGUGGAAUUAGCUGAAUUUUUCUUCAGGAAUGAGAGAGAAUAAAAAAAAUACUUUUUUUUUACUGAUACUGCUUUAUUAAUAAUGUUGAAUAUAAACAAGUUGUACUUUGAUUGUUGUUUAUGCUAAAUGAGGUUACGCAGGAAAAUGAUGUAGGUAGAGUAUUUAAAUGUGCAUAAUUGAAGUUUUGCAGUGCAUUAUUAAUCACCACUUAAUGCCCCAGCAUUAAUAAAGCACUGAAUUAAUGUGCUGUCACUCUGAUUGUGUGCAAACUGCAGAGUCACAGCUGAAGUCAAAUCUAUCUGAAGUGAAUAGUUUGGCCACUGCUGGUCGCUGUAUGAAGGCUAAUGCUGUGUUUUAAUUAUAUAAUACUUCAUAGAUGUACGCGCUUUGUUCAGCAUCCUUAGUUUUAUCCAUUAACAUAUGGACGGAGAGCUUGUUAUUAAUCCUUCAGCAUUUGGUCAUGUCAUUUUGAAUUGGCUUGUAAACAUUUGAGAUUAUGAGUUAAAAUCUUAAAUUUCUAUUGGCAGAUUGCGCUCAUGGGGUGAUCUAGACACUGCCAGAUUUGAUCCAGAUCAGUAGGACAGUCAACACACAUUGAUUGGUUUGGACAGUUGUAAGUUGUAAAGAGCAGUAAAUGUUGCAUGAGGUAAAUAGUGAAUAUUUGUUUGAUUAAAGAUGCUGGAUUAUAAAUGAACGUAUACUUUGAUUUUUCCAUUUAUUUUAUUGACUGUUUCGAUUACAAUAUUGACUGUUAGGAAAUAAUCAGAUGUUUUUAUUCACUCAUGCCAUUAAUUCUGAUAUUUAAUUUAAUAUAGCCCAUUUAAUCCACACACAUUUCCUUAGCAUUCAACCAAGAUUUUUCUGAAGCUAUACACCUCUCAAAUAAUGCUCUAACUGCAGAGCUGCUAAAAAUGUCAUAUUGGAGAUUCAUCAGGUUAAUUGUCAUAAAAACCACACACAAGAUUUUAGUGCAGCUGCUUUGCCAUUUUUAUAGCUGUGCAUAUGUCAUCCCAGAUGUUGGGCUGCUGAGGUGAUGUUGAGUGACAGUCUCUGUAGCCAAUGGCAUCAAGCAGAGUCCAAAAUUCCAAGCCAACAAGCUGCUUUGGAGAGUCAAGGGAAUCCAGUGAAUGGUCUGACAGAUGGAAGAGUUUAUAAUAGGAACAAGUUAUUGGGGGCUCAUCCAGAGAAUUUCAAUAACCUGUCUUUUCUUUUACGACCAUGAACUAUGUGAGAAAGUGCCUGGACCCUCAUAUUGGAAAUGAAGAGUACAUGUACAUAUGGAUGUAUAUUUGUUAAUGUGAAUAGUAUGUGAAUAAACCAAUACGUGCUUGGCCACAUUUAAAAGUAAAUGCUAAAAAAAAAAAAUGAAUGUAUUGUACUGUAUAUUACCUUUUGAUUCAUUCAUGUGCCACCAAAUGAUAUAAUGCAUUUAUCGCCUGCUGUGGAGAUCAAACAAGAGCCACAUAAAGCCCCUUCGUGAAGCCCACCUGUAGUCAUCUCAGACAAUUCUUUGAUUCUGUUGCUCAUACAGUACAGUAUAAGAGACAUUUGCCAUUUCAUAUAUUCUUUUGUAAAGCAUGUUGUUCAAUGGUCCAGUGUGCUUAUUCAUACAAUGUGGAAAAACAGUGGACUUUUGCCAUCAAGUCUGAUAUGGAAACGUCCUUUGGGAAGUUAUUUCCAUGUUGUUAUAAUUAUUUUCCUCUUUUUGUAAGUGUUUGUGUAUGGUGCUGGACUGAAAAGAAUAUUGUGUUUUUGACCAUGUAUUUGUGGGUUUGAAAGGGGAUGUGGAAGCAGACAUGACAGAGCUUUGAGGGUUGGAGGGGAUUUUUUUGUCUAUAACAGAAGAUGAAUAAAAGGUUCUACAAUGGAA